AUGUUGAUGUUAAAUUUCUUGAAAAUUCCACCUGAGCAGAAUUGGUACGAUUUUUUAGUAGAUAGAUCCCGUUUGUCGCGUUACCUGCAGGAUCCAAACACAGGUAGCUUUUUUUCUUUAUAGUUCACGGUUUAGAUGCAAGAAAACUUAUAACAUUAUGUGACCAAUUUAUUGACCAAGCCCUUGCAACAUACAAUGAGAUAAAACAUGCCAAAAGAAGGAGAUUCGAAUCUGGUAGGUUGGCUCUUCUGUUAUGAGUGUUGAUUUAGAAGACAUUCAGCGGACGGAGAAGAAGAGGGAAGAUCUGUGGAGAUGUGCUUGGGCGUGUUUUGCCGCUUUUGGCUGGGAUCUGGAAGGAUUGUUGGAAGUGUAAGUUUGGUUGUUGAUUUGGUAUCUCGUUUAGGUCGACCGUCUCCAAGGUGUAUAAUAUGUUUUGCCGUUUUUUCGAGACAUUUUUUCGUGUCAAGAUUGAAAAGGAUCUUAUAUCUUCACUGUCAAAAGUUAUGGGGGCAUUGGAUUCGAAUAAUGCCUUCUUUGUUUGGAUGUGUCUUCGACUUGUUUUGCUUGUGGAUAUAAGGUCACGAGUUCCGAAACCCCCUGUGAAACAAACUGUCAGCAAUCCGUGAGUUUAAAGGUAUAGAUCAUAUCGUUUUAGAAAUAACCAGCCAGACCCUGCUUUGAUCGAGGCUUCCAAAAUCAACAGUUUCACUCGAAAUGUUCGAAAAUCCAUGGCUGAUGUGGUUAAAUUGAUGGAAACUAUUUGCAACAUGAAGAUCUCAGAGACUAGAAUCCCGAUGCCUGGGGCUUUUGCGGUCGAGAAGGUAAGCCUUACAGGGCCGUGUGAGAAGAGGGAGGGGAGCCUUACAAUCUAGAUGUAUCUUCGUUUAGUUAAAUGUCAAAAAACCAAUCGAUCUUAAUUUGGAUUCAAAAACACUGAGCUUUGAUAUCGUGAGGACAAGAAUACAAUGUGAUCUCCUGUUUGCCCAUUUUAAGGCGGUUCAUAUUAAAUCGUCGAUCGUGUAUUAUAACAAGGUUGGUGUUUUCUGCAAUUUUAAAAAUUUCAUUGAAUUUAGAUCCGAGAUCUUUCCCGUAUCAAUGCGAUGAACAAUAUUCCAGACAAAUGUUUCCAUAAGACGUUUGUUGUCAACACGGAUGAGUUGAAAGCGAUAGGAAAGGUACUGGCUAAAGCUAAAAGCCAGGCAAAUGUAAGAAUCGGAUAUUCGAAUAAUCAUCAAAUAGAAUUCAAAGGAGUUCAAUGUAACGAAAGGGAUAAACAGGAAGAUUACAUUUGGUGAUAUGGUAGAUCGGCUGAGGAAGGAGGAAGUUGUUGUUCCCUCUCCUCUCCCGCAACCAAUAAUGCCAUCCCAAAUUAGUCUAUCCAGGUUUGUUACUUGUGGACCGGUUCUUUGGGAUCUCAUCAAUUCCAUAAAUUACAAUGAUCUUCUUGGUCUAUCAGAGCAGUUUUCUGCGAUUUAUGAAAAAGAAUUUAAAAGCCCAAAAAAUGUGAGUUUUUGUCUUGUCGUUUUUUAACUUUUAGAUCGCGAUGUCCCCAAUCCUUUGCGAACUCUUGGAAAGGACGCCCUUCAAUUACAAUGUUUCUAUAUUUUUAUUUAUGCAAUUAGAGUAUAUCGUCAGUAAUGUGGUAGGGACGGUCAUGGUUUAUAUUUGUUUCUGCAGGACAUUGUCACCUGGAUGUCGUCGAUGAACAUAUUUACAACCGCCGUUGACCGGGCACAACAUAGGCUGAAAGAUUUCUUGUAUAACCUUUGUUUCGAAGUCUUCAGGAUCAGAGUAAGUAAAGAAAUACACUAGGUUUACUGAACAGAUGUCUAUUUGGGAUACCCUUUUUGGUAGGCCAUGGAACGGUCUCUCGCUGAAGUUGUUUACAACAGGACUAAAUACCAUGGUAACAAACUCUAUCUUGAACCAUGAAGUGGUUCCGACAAUUGAUUGGGGCAUCGGAAAGAUUGCCUCCAUCUACUGCACGUUCCUUCUCAAUAUGAAUAUGUCCAAUGUGAUCAUGGUUGUUCCCAAUAUCUUGCGGAAUACACCUCCUCAGGCCAACUUUGUCAGAAUAAUAUCUACAGUUAUAGCCAACGAAAGUAUGAGCGGUUUGGCAUGGAAGUUUUUGCAUAGCGUUCUUCUUAAUGACAAUGUGAGAGAUCCAGCCAGUGCAAUGUCCAAGAACGAAUUUUGGGAUGUGACUUGUAAACUCAGACACGAGAAAGUGAUCAAACAUAUACUAACCUAUCUUUUGGCCUUCUACAACAAGAUUGUUGUAAGAUUAGAACGACAACGCCUGCCUUAUGCGGAUAUUAGACUUCGCAAUUCUUGGGCGUUUGUGGACAAAACAAUCAGAGAUAAUAAAAGAAGACCUGUUCCUGAAGAAUACAAGUAGGUUACUUAGUAUUUGAUGUUAACCGUUGCAGCAUGGAACAAGUGGACUGUACGUAUCUGCUGGGGGUCAUCAAACGCCUACUCGACAACGCUAUCUUCUCUGCUCCAAAAGACCCGUAUCUACGGCGACAGUUGGGUGAUGUCCAUUACGGUAAGUUGAGAGUCCUUAGAUUGAAUUUUUUUUUCAGCCGUUCGAGAGUAUGACAAAGCGAUGCUCCAAUACGCAGAAGUUUUCCUUCUUUUCCAAAACAAGAUGACUUCUAGACAUCGUCGAGAGUCGGUGAAUGAUGCGGUAGGUGUAGGGUGUAGUGCCUUGAUCGUUUUUUCAGAUGAUCUCCAAAAUGACCCAUUGUUUUUAUACGAAGAAGAUGUUCGUUAUGGCAUGCUUGUCCGGACAAAUGAGGCGAGAUUUGGCCAGGCAUUUCAUAUUCUUGCCUCAGAUUGCAUCCGAGGUCAAUAAAACGCACGAUGCCGGCGCCGUCUACUUCAAGUUUCUUUAUGACACGAAACUUUUUGAAAGUCUGACAGGUAAAUUUUGGCGUUAAGAAUAUAUUAUAAAUUUUUAGCGCAUUUCGAAAAGCUUGGGUACUUGCAUUAUUUGUCACAAAUGGUAAGAAAUUGAUCGGAUAUUGUUACGUUAAUUUAUGUUUUCAGAUACGGUUAACACCAACAAGGUCGGCUAACAGGGCGAAUAUGAAACAGAUCAAGUUGCACGAGAUCAGGAAAAGAAAAAAACGUUUCUUGGAUAUUAUUAUUAAAACGGUUCAGAACACGUGUCAAUAAAUUAUGAUAUAAUUCUUAUCUUGUUUUACUCGGUUUAAUACCGGUUGGUAUCUUCUUUGUCAUGGCUUGAAUUUGUUUGAUUUCACACAUCUUCACUGAAUUCGUAAACUUAUAUUUAGAAUGUCGUUGGUUAGCCCGGAUUCGGAUUUCUGUUCACAUUGCGGUUCCAUUUUACCAGUUCCUCAGUCAGCACCAUGCAUUUUACAAUGCAUCGUUUGCAAAAAUGAAAGGACGAUAAAGGGUAACGUUCUUAAGUGUAACAUAAACUCGUUUUAGAGAGUACACGACUCGUGAACAGGGUUGAAUUCAAUCUGGAACGCCAGAUAAUCCAAUGGGAGGAUCAGGAUGAACAUCUAGCUACUGUAGAUCACACCUGCACUAAGUGUGGUCAUCUUGUGGCCACUUACACUACCCAACAAACACGAUCGGCCGAUGAAGGGCAGACAGUUUUCUACACUUGUCUUAAAUGUAAACAUCGUGACAUUGAAUAUUCCUAA